AUGUCUCAUACCUCUCAAACCCUAAUGCCUCUUGAUUCCGAAGAACCACCUUCGUCAACCCCAAUUCCCUCUCCCCCUAAUCCAUCCCCAAAUUCUACUUCCACCGCUCUUCAUAUCUCCUUCAACCAAGACUCCGGUUGUUUCGCCGUUGGCACCGAUCAAGGCUUCCGAAUCUAUAAUUGUGACCCCUUUCGUGAAAUAUUCCGACGUGAUUUCGGUCACGGCGGAGGAAUCAGUUUGGUUCACAUGUUGUUUCGAUCUGGGAUGAUCAUCAGUCGCAGUGUUCUUCAUCAAAUUGAGACUAUUGCGAACCCUAAGGGUCUCUGUGAGGUUUCACAUCAUUUGGAAACUAUGGUGUUGGCUUGUCCUGGGUUGCAGAAAGGUCAGAUUAGGGUUGAACAUUAUGCUUCCAAGAGAACUAAGUUCAUCCUGGCACAUGAUUCUAGAAUUGCUUGUUUCAAUAUAACCCAAGAUGGACUUUUACUUGCUACUGCAAGCUCCAAGGGGACUCUCAUUAGGAUUUUCAAUACCUUGGACGGUUCUUUGCUCCAAGAGGUACGAAGAGGUGCUGACCGAGCUGAGAUAUAUAGCCUUGCCUUUUCUCCCACGGCUCAGUGGUUAGCUGUCUCGAGUGACAAGGGAACUGUUCAUGUAUUCAACCUGAAGGUUGAUUCGGGAUUGUUGGGGCACGAGAGAUCACAUACUACAUCUGAGUCUAGUCCUAUUAGUCCAUCGGCAGCUUUGUCUCUCUCAUUUAUUAGAGGUGUAUUGCCUAAGUAUUUUAGCUCAGAAUGGUCCGUGGCUCAAUUUCGCUUGCAAGAAGGUUUACAGUAUAAUGUUGCCUUUGGCCAUCAGAAAAAUACAAUUGUAAUACUCGGCAUGGAUGGCAGGAUUAUUUGCCAAAGCAAGUGCUGA